AUGGUCAAAGCUGUUGUUGCUGGUGCCUCUGGCGGCAUUGGCCAGCCUCUCUCGCUGCUCCUCAAGAACAGCCACCUCAUUGACGAGCUGGCCCUCUACGAUGUCGUCAACACCCCCGGAGUUGCUGCCGACCUCUCGCACAUCUCCUCGCCCGCGAAAGUGACGGGCUACCUUCCCGCCAACGACGGCGCCAAGUCUGCUUUCAAGGAUGCCGACAUCAUUGUCAUCCCUGCUGGCAUUCCCCGCAAACCCGGCAUGACCCGUGAUGAUCUCUUCAACAUCAACGCCGGCAUCGUCAAGGGCCUGAUCGAGACCGCCGCCGAGGUCGCCCCCAAGGCCUUCAUCCUGGUCAUCUCCAACCCCGUCAACUCGACGGUCCCCAUUUCCGCCGAGGUGCUCAAGGCCAAGAAGGUCUUCAACGCCCAGCGCCUGUUCGGUGUCACGACGCUCGACAUCGUCCGCGCCGAGACCUUUGUCAGCGAGAUCACUGGCCAGUCCGAGCCCCAGAAGCAGACCAUCCCCGUCAUCGGUGGUCACUCUGGCGAGACCAUUGUCCCUCUCUUCAGCAAGGCCUCUCCUGCCGUCAAGAUCCCCGACGACAAGUACGAUGCUCUCGUCAACCGCGUCCAGUUCGGCGGUGACGAGGUUGUCAAGGCCAAGGACGGUGCUGGUUCGGCCACCCUCUCCAUGGCCUAUGCUGGCUUCCGAUUUGCCGAGAAGGUCCUCCGUGCCGUCAAGGGCGAGAAGGGUCUUGUCGAGCCCAGCUACGUCUACCUUCCGGGUGUUCCCGGCGGCGAGGCCAUCGCCAAGGAGACCGGCUGCGACUUCUUCUCCGUCCCCAUUGAGCUCGGGCCCAACGGUGCCGAGAAGGCCACCAACCCCCUGGAGGGCAUCACCGACAAGGAGAAGGCGCUUCUGCAGAAGGCUGUCGAGGGCCUCAAGGGCAACAUCAAGAAGGGCAUCGACUUCGCCCACAACCCUCCCCAAAAGUGA